GCUCUCCUGCGUCGUCGUCGUGUGCAUGUCCCGAUUGAUCGAUCCUUAUCGAACAAGCCAACGAACCAACCAGACCCAGCCCCUCUCUCGAACAGAACUUCAGUCCCCACCUUGCCGUUAAUCUUAUCAUCAUCGCAAUGGUUCGACAGCGGGCGCCCUCCGGUGCCUCCACAUCCUCUUCCCAUUCCGCAGAUGCCGAUCAAGAGCUCGGCUCCAUGUACGACUACCUCGCAAAGAUAAUACUUCUCGGUCCGUCAGGCUGUGGAAAAUCCUGUCUUCUCCACCGCUUUGUGCGCAGCGAAUGGCGCAUCCUCUCCUCGCAAACGAUCGGCGUCGAAUUCUCGUCAAAGAUAAUCAAAGUCGGCACCGGUGCACGACGAAAGCGGGUCAAGCUUCAGCUAUGGGACACCGCGGGACAAGAGCGCUUCCGUUCCGUGACGCGCAGCUACUACCGGGGCGCUGCGGGAGCCCUCCUAAUCUACGACAUCACCUCGCACCCAUCCUUCACUUCUCUGCCCACUUUCCUUUCCGACGCACGCGCCCUCGCAAGCCCGAAUCUCACGCUCAUACUCGUCGGGAAUAAAUGCGACUUAUCGGUGCCGCCGACUUCGCGGCGACCACCGCCAAGUAGUUCCGGUGGCAGCUCGCUCAGCACUACGCCGACACGAUUCGCAGAUGAUACCUCGCGCGCGUGGGAAAGCGAGCUCGAGGACGACGAGGAGGAGGAUGAGGCACCGGCAAGGGCCGUGUCCGCUCAGGAGGCGGCGCGGUGGGCUAGUCUCAGUGGUAUUCCCGUCAGUAUGGAGACUUCGGCGCUCAAUGGUGAUAAUGUGGAUGAGGUGUUUGCGAGGAUCGCGCGGAUGAUUGUCACCAAGAUUGAACUCGGUGAGGUCGAUCCGGAUGAUCCGAGCAGUGGCAUACAGUACGGUGACUCUGGCGGUUGGAUUGAGGCUAGUAGUGCGAGCAGCAGACGCCCGGGCACCGGGAGUGGAUGGAAGAGUGGGUUGAGGGAAUGGGAGAGUGUGUUCAGGAGGGAUGCGGCGAGGAGGGGUGGUGGAUGCUGCUGAUGUUACGACGAUGGUGGUAAUAGAGUACAGUACCUGGGGGACAUUAUUUGAGCGGCUGUUUUGAUGCAAUGUUUAUCCUCUUUUAUCAUGCUUAUUUAUACUUGCUUUCAUAGACAUGUUGUGCUGGUUUUUCUAGCCUGCUUUCAAGUUUCUUUUGAUUUAGGACCCGAGCUGUGGGGGUCAUCGGUUGCUGUGGAGUUGUCGAAGCUGGAGUGAGGGAGUUUGUUUCUGGUUGGGCUUGUACUGGCGGGAAUGCGCCGCAGAGAGAGACGGAGGAUUUAAUCGUAAUAGAUUAUGAUUGAAGAUCUGCCUUUGCUCGGGUACCUAUGCCGAGUGACGGUGUGUGGAC